CACAGGCGCCGCCCCAUACUUACAAUUAUUUUAAGAUGGAACCCUAUAAAUGGAAUUACUGAACUAAAGAAUAUGACCACUUCCCCCCCCCCCAAAAAAAAGUAGGAUGAAUGGUGGUGCUAUUUAACAUAUUAACUGCUGUGUGAGUUUUAAUUAACGCUAGUUUUUGAUCCUGGGACCUUGGUGAAGCAUAUAUAACUCACUUCUUUUGACCUAAUAAAAUACCGUGGCCCCAAGGGAAAAAAAAAUUUCUAGUGUGGUAGUUCAAUGGGGAACUUUAAUGGAAAGAGACCAGUUUGGAGAAGGAAAUCAAAUAAAAGUUCAAGUCUUAAACACUGCUGUCUGGGGAGGAAGGGAAAUCCUCCCAACACAGCCAGGGUUGGCUAGGUGCCCCCAUCUUGGCCUUUGUUCCACUCUGACUGCCCCUUUGUCUAUACUCCCUUACCAGAACGGCUGCUCAACGCAGGGACGCGCCUCACCUUCUAUAGGCCUGAUACAAGUAAUGGCCCAGGGUAGGUGCCUAGAAAUGCCGUAGUGCAUCACAGUGCUAAAAAAGGAAUUUACUCUUUGGGCAAUCUGGGGUCACGUUUUGGAGCGACCACUAGGAGGCAAGCUGGGACUGGUGGGGUGCUCACCUGGCGCACUUUUCCGUGAUUGUGUGGGGCCAGCCUCAGCGCCUGCCCCUAUUUAAAGGGAGGGGUUUGCAUGGCUUCCGGGGGUAGGCGGAAAUAGCCGAGAAAACGCGGGAGCUGAGCUCAAUUUAAGAGCCGCGUCGGCCCCUCAAAGAGGCGGAAAUAAGCGAAGCUGCGCCGGAAGUCGAGCUAGGGCUGUGCGCGCUCGCGGGCAGCGAGCAGCGCCAGUUGCCAUGGAGCCGGCGGGGCCCUGUGGUUUCUGCCCGGUGGGGGAAGCCCAGUCAGCGCGCUACACAUGCCCCCGCUGUAAUGUGCCCUACUGUUCGCUGCGCUGCUACCGGGCGCAUGGCACUUGCGCCGAAAACUUCUACCGUGACCAGGUGCUGGGAGAGCUCCGCGGCCGCAGCGCCUCGCCCAGCCGUCUAGCAAGCGCCCUGCGCCGGCUGCGUCAGCAACGCGAGACCGAGGACGAGCCCGUGGAAGCAGGCCUCAGCCCUGGCCCGGCGCCCGGCGGCCUCUCAGGACUAUGGGAGCGGCUGACACCAGCCGAAAAAGUGACCUUCGAGCGGCUGCUGAGCCGCGGCGAGGCCGGGCGGUUGCUGCCCCGGUGGCAGCCGUGGUGGUGGGGCCACAGGACUGGACCGUGGCUUCUGGAGGAGCUGGAUGAUAUCUCGGGUAUUGAUGCCUCGGAACUGGAGCCUGCCCCUGCGAGGACCCCGCCAGAAUCGGUGAAAGAUGAUGCCAACGCAGAGUCCGCGACCAAUGGGUGGGUUUUUGGAGUUGCCCUGGGAGCCUACCCGCCCGCUGUGCCCGCCCGCAUCCCCGCGCUGGCCAACCUAAGCCGCGGCCCCUUCUCUCCGCUAGUGCGCUUCCAGCUGCCCAACGUGCUGUUCUCAUACGCACACGCGCUUGCCCUGUAUCAUGGCGGUGACGACGCGCUGCUGUCUGAGUUCUGUGCCACUCUGCUGGGCGUUUCUGGAGCCCUGGGUGCCCAGCAAGUCUUCACCUGUGCGGAGGAAGCCCUGGAGGCCGCAGCCCACGUACUGGAAGCGGGCGAGCACCCGCCUGGGCCUCUGGGUACGCGCGGUGCUAUGCAAGAGGUCACCCGCAUUUUGCAGGGAGAGAGCCGGGCCAACCAGAAAGACUACACGCUGGCAGCACUAGGGCACCUGGCGCAGACCCUAGGCCGGGCCCGGAAACUAGCUGUGGAUAGGGAGGAGCGAGACCGCCUCUACCGGGCCCGGAAGAAGUGCCAGUUCCUGCUGGCCUGGACUAACGAAAAUGAGGCAGCCCUCACACCCCUGGCUCUAGACUGCGCCAGGGCCCACAGAACCCAUGCUGUGGCAGCAGAGGAGGUGGCAGCCCUCACUGGAGAGCUAGAGCGGCUCUGGGGAGGCUCCAUGCCACCUACCCCAAGGGCCCUCAUUGAGGAGCUCCCUGGGUAAACUGUGGACUUUUGUCAUUAAUAAAAUUGUGACUGGUC